AUGAUGAAAGACUUGUUGCCAGACCGAACGCGUUUAUGGCGUUGGCUGUCACUUCAGACGAGAACCUAUCAGUAUCUUCACCACAGCUCGCGAACGGCGGAAGGCAUUGAACUGGGACCUGUACACCAUGCCGGCACUAGCGAGAUCACCAGCUGUACUCAGGACCGCGAACAUUUCGUGUGGUCAAACCCCUCCCUUUCGUCUCUCAAGCUCUCUACACACCAUGACAGCAAAAGAAGAUGGGUACGGGGAGUACUGAUAUUGAAUAUCAUACUGACCAUUGUGGCGGCGGCCGUGUCGGUCGCGGGUCAUGGCCAGCGGACGAUGAGCUCGGCCACCAUCUACAAGGGCAGUUGCGACCGAACAAAGGCGUGGACGACGGGUCUGCAUCUGCUGAUUAACGUCCUCAGCACGAUCGUUCUCGGGGCCAGUAGUUACUGUAUGCAGUGCUUAACUGCGCCUUCGCGUGCCGAUGUUGACCGCGCCCAUGGGAAGCGUGUGUGGCUGGACAUCGGGGUCGCCAGCGUGCGGAAUCUGGCAUGGGCGGAUUGGCCUCGACUCACCUUGUGGCUGGUACUUCUUGUAACCUCUUUACCCAUUCACUUGAUAUACAACUCCGCCGUGUUUUUCGCCUUGGGCACAAGGCAGUACGACGUCCUGCUGGCCUCGGCUGAUUUUGAUUUCAAUCGCCCGCCGGCGAAUUAUACCUCCUCGUACGAGGAGUGUUUUGAGCCAAACACUGCGAUGAAUAUGUCCACUUUCUAUGCGAAUCUUCCGACCUUCGAAAAUUUGACCAAAGAGGAAUGUGUCCGCACGUACGCAAUGGAUUUCCCGACAGACCUGGGCACCCUGAUCUUGGUGACCAGCAACCACACCACUUCCAACGAACAUCUGCAAUGGGUUGAAUUAGGAACCUCAGUCACGGACGGUUGGGAUGCUAGACAGCCCAGCUAUGACUGGCUCUGCGAUCAGUUUGGGCUUUCCUCCUCCUGCACCCCGUCGAAGCUCCCUCUUAACCAAUGGGUCGCCUCGCCCCUCGUGUCCUGGGGUGGUCCAGUGGUCAAAGCCACCAUCGAGGUUCCCAGUGGUUUGAUUACAGUCGACGGGACGGACGACUCAGGUCUACUGGGAGACACCGAUGACUGGAGUCAAGAUCUGACGAGGGAUCUUCAAACCCUUCUACUGGAGCUUAGUAGGUACCCAUCAGAGCAUGCCUUGCAGCAGUACCUGGAUAAUUCCACCCAUUGGCUCAACAAUACGUGGGCUCGGGCUGUAAGCCUCGUACCGGUCGCGGGCGAGGCAAAAUGUGCUGCCGAUCCCUUCAGGCUGAACGACGCGGGACCAUGGUACCCAGUCGAAUAUUGCUUGAGUCGGAAGGUCACCGAGCAAUGUGAGCUGCAGUUCAGCCCGGCGAUUUGCUUGGUGGUAAUUCUCUGCAAUAUGUUAAAGGUUCUGUUUAUGUCACUAACAGCCUGGAGCAAUCGGACGGACAUCUUCCUGACUGUUGGAGAUGCUGUGGCAUCGUUUCUGAGUAGACCUGAUCCAUCCACUGAGCGGAUGGGCCUGGUAUCCCGAUCGAAUUUGUUCCGUGGACCACAGCCCUGGCCGUCUCUCCGGAGGGACUAUUUGCAGCUCGCGGUGAAGGAUGCAUCGCGACCCCCAGCUUGGGAAACCCUUCCGCCUCGCCAGCGAUGGAUGCGAGCCUUGCCUACCAGCCAGUGGAUAGUGACCAUUGGCGUGUGCCUUACCCUUCUUGGUGUUGGUGGUUAUUAUCUGUCACAGGCUAUUUAUGCCCUGCAAGAAGAAGAACACCCCUGGACCUUCAGUGCGCUGUGGCAGCUGGGGUUCGGCUCGGCCACGCCAUAUACAAUCAUCUUUUCCCCUGUCUCGUCAAACGUCAUUCACAUGUCUCUUCUUGCCAACACCCCCCAGAUUUUCAUCUCGGUCGGUUACUUCCUGUACAACAACCUCCUGACGCACAUGCUUUUUGUUGCAGAAUAUGACGACUACGCGCGCCAGCGGAAGCCACUCCGCGUGUCCUGGCCCCAGGGAUCCCAACGAUCGUCUUACUAUCUCAGUCUUCCGUAUCGCUACAGCAUUCCCCUUAUGGUUGCCUCAAUGCUCCUGCAUUGGCUGGUGUCUGGUAGUUUAUAUUAUGUCCAAAUCAAUUAUAUUGACCCGCUUGGGAAGGAUUUGGUUUCAGAUCAGCUCAUUACCUGCGGAUAUGGGCCGAUCGCCAUUGUGUUCGCGCUUAUUCUUGGGGGAGUGAUGACGUGUACUGUAGUGGGUCUAGGUAUGAGACGUUUCGCAUCACAAAUGCCCAUUGCAGGUAGCUGCAGUGCAGCAAUCAGCGCUGCAUGUCAUCCAACAGAGGGUGAGGAGCAUGCUCUGAAGCCGAUCAUGUGGGGUGAGAUUCCGGUGGCCGCAGUGCAGCCGGAAGAUGAAGACGAUGUGGACGAAAUUAUCUGUGACCACGAGCUGGAAGACAGGAGGGAUGGGAAUGGUAACUAUUCGCCGUUGAGAAAAGACACGGCUGGCCAGGAGGGUGUUUAUGGCCAUUGCAGUUUCACCUCGGGGGAAGUGAUCACUCCAAACCCAUCAAGACUGUAUAUUUAG